AUGAAUAGUGAACUUGAGGCUCUCACGGACUGGACUGUGAAUCAUGUUAGAAUUAACGAAACGAAAUCCAAGGCAAUGAUUAUUGGCUACUCUAAACUCAUGACUCGCCGAGAUUUCGACUUUGAUAAUAGACCGUACAUCAAAAUAAACGACAAAAAUUUGAAUUACAGUGACUUUGUUACAAAUCUGGGACUGAUUAUAGACAAAACACUCGACUGGACGACACAAAUCAACACCACCUGUAAUAAGGUGUUUGCAGGUAUCCACUCGCUUAAGAAGGUUAGUGACUUCAUUCCACUUCAUGUGAAAGUUAUGCUGGUUGAGUCAUCAAUUUUCUCAUAUUUCUCUUACGGUGACAUUGUGAUCAAUGACAUGACUGUGGCCUUGUCUGAGCGACUGCAGAGGACUCAGAACUAUUGCAUCCGGUUCUUCUUCAAUCUAAGAAGAGAUGAUCAUAUCACCCCAUUAUUCCAGCAACUACAUGUGCCAAAGCUCAAGCAAAUGAGGAUAUAUCACAUUCUGAUGCUGCUUCAUGACCUAUGA